CUACUAAGUACUAAAUAACUAUACACUAACACAAUUGCCAAUUGCCAUUUGCCCCUAUAGCACAGUACGAUGACCGAUCCCAAUGACUCGGUGACAUUCGGAAAUUCGCUUCUGCUCCGAGUGGACGGCGCCAUUGGGGCCAUGUCAUUGUCUCCCAACGGUAGAGAUGCCGUUCUUGCUGGUAGAAGAGGAUUAUUCAUUAUUGAUCUUGAUGAUCCCUUUACAACUCCUAGAUGGUUACACCAUAUAACGUCUUGGGAAGUGGCUGAUGUUCAAUGGUCACCUCACCACUUCUCUAAGCCGUCAUGGUGUAUAUCCACAUCCAAUCAAAAGGCAUUACUUUGGGAUUUAUCUCGUCCCUCUAAUAAUGCCAUUAUAUCUGUUCUUCAUAAUCAUUCUCGAGCUAUAACAGAUAUAAAUUUCCAUCCAUCUGAUCCCGAGAUCUUGGCUACAUGUUCUAUUGAUACAUUUAUAUUAUCAUGGGAUAUGAGAGCUCCUCGGAAACCAGUAGCUCAAUGGGCUGAAUGGAGAGCAGGUGCAACUCAAGUUAAAUGGAAUCAUGAGAAUCCUUAUGAAAUAGCUUCAAGUCAUGAUAAUAGCUUUUAUAUAUGGGAUUCUCGAAAUGGAGCAUUACCAGUAGUUAAAGUUCAUAAAGCUCAUGCUGGAAAAAUCAAUGGAUUAGAUUUUAGUAAUGGAUCAUCAAAUAUCAUUACUUGUUCGAAUGAUAAUACUGUAAAAUUUUGGGAUUUACUGACUAAUGAUGCUGUCCAAUUCUCCCACAAUUAUAAUUAUUUUAAUAGUAAAGAUACUGAUGAUUCAGGACUUAAUCCUGCGGUAGUUAUUGAAACAGAUUUCCCUAUUGCCAGAGCUCGAGCCUUACCAUUUGGGAAGGAUAAAGCUUGUGGAAUAAUGCCUCUUAGAGGUGGACAAGAUGCUAUUCAUAUAGUUAAUUAUGAUACAGAAUAUAGUGAAGCUCGAACUAGCAAUGAAUCGCAAAUCAUUAAACUUGAUUCUAAUUACUUAUUCAAAGGUCAUAAUGGUCCUAUGAAGGAUUUCCUUUGGAGAACCAAACAUGAUAAUUAUGAGGGAUUUGAAUCUAAAAACAAAUGGAAGGAGUUCCAAUUGGUCACAUGGUCUCUGGCGGAUUAUGACUUGAAGUUAUGGCCUCAUGAUGAAGAAUUAUAUAAGCAAGUCAAUUAUAAUCCAUCAUAUCAUCGAUUCCUUGAUGCGUUUAAAGGAGGAGAUGGAGAUGAAGAUUCUGAUACAAAUUCCAAUUCCAACAGUACUCGACCUCAAUCGCCUUCAACCACUGAAGGAUAUGAUUAUCAAACAUAUAUUGUAGAACCCGAAGUCUCUAUAGAAGAUUUAAAAAGAAGAAAUAACGGAGAUUUAUUAUCAUCUCUAACAUCAUAUCAAAUCUAUGAAAAGUAUCAGAAACAAUUGACUUCGACCAAUCAGGACUUAUUCAAUCAACUUAAUCAUCUUGAUUGGAUUUCUGGGGUUAGAAUGGGUCGUGCCAGUCAUGGUAAAGAUGAUAAUAAUGAAGUAGUCGAUGGUCCAUCCAAUUUAGGUGAAGAAGUUAGUAUUGUAGGGCAUAAGUUUCCUAAGGUUCGAUUCGAACGGAUCUCGGUAUCUACGGGAGAUUUGGUUCUUAGUUUACGAGGUCCUAUCCCGGUGAUAGAGAUGCCUGAAGACGAGAGGAGUGAAGACGGUGAUGAGACAACGACGUCCACUAUGCUUAAUAAUAAUACUACUACUGCUACUACUGCUACUAGUAAUAGUAAUAGUAAUAGUAAUACUACUACUGCUGCCAAUAGUACUCCUAACACCACUACUAACAAUACCACAUCCAAUAUUACUGGUACCACCACUACCAUCAAUACCUCAGCAACUGCUACAGCCACCGCCACUGCCACUACCACCACAUCCGAUGAGUCUGUAGAAGUGUUGGUAUUCAUACGACUCCGCAUAAAGUUCCCUAAGGAUUAUCCGUUUCUCGAAGAAAUCACCACCACUACAUCCAAUGCUAAGAAACUUGCCAAACUUCACAAACUCAAUCUGGUGAAAUUCGAAAUCGAAGAGACUCAUGAAUUGACGGCUUCUAUACGAGAUGAAAUGCUUAUGAACUUAAUGGAAAUCGCUACUUUCUAUACCAAUAAACAUAAGCGAUUCUGCCUAGAACCAUGUUUAAGAUAUCUUAUGGGAGAUAAGAUCGACUUAACCGAUGAUGUUAUGAGACAAUCGGAUAGUAAUGAAGAGUUGGGAGAAGGAGGAGAGUUCAUACAAGAAGUUGGAACAGAAGGCUGGGCGGAUGAUUUAAUUAAUCAACAACCAGGGUAUCAUAAUGAGUAUGAAUCAUCUGCAGAGGAGGAUAAUGAUGGAUAUAAUGAUCUUAUAGUUAAUAAUGAUGAGUUAUUACGAAGUAUUGAUUCGGUCAAUAAGAUUAAUCCGUCGGGAGAAGGAGAUGGAGGUGAAGUAGACCAAAAACUGCCAGUAUUUGAUUCUACCCCUAUCCCUAAGGGUUGUGGAGCAGUAUGGUCACCUACUGGUCAAUUAGUAUGUUUCUUUAUACCCAAGGAGACUGUAGAAGAUGAGGAUGUAGCACAACGGAAGUUUAAUAUCUUUAAGUUUACCGAUGGAGGAUUCAGUCUCAACACUCAUCACCAUCACCAUCAUCAUCAAAUAGUUAGUAGUGAUUCCGAAUCGGAACAUGAUGAUUAUGUUAGUGAUCCCGAAUCUCAUCAAUCACACAGUGAACCAGCCGAUUAUGAUGAUGAUAUCCGAUCGGUAACUUCAUCAUCAUCCGAUGAUAGUUUUACUAAUGACUGGAAUGAACUUCUAGAUUCCGAUGCUCCGGCUAGAACCAGAGUUCCAGGAAUGUUUGUAGGCUUAGGCAAUCGAUAUAUGAAUCAAGAUAAUCCGAAAUCAGGUUCAUUUAAUCGAUUUGCAAGUCAUGGAGGAGGCACAAUUCUGAACUAUAAGUCAUCUUUAAGAGACGACACUAAACGUCGUAGAGAUAAGAAAAUCAAAAAUGUCGUAGGAAUCUUUGACUUUCGACAUUUAUUACCGGAUAAAUAUGAAUUGGCGUGUGAAUAUCGAGUGCUUGGAGAUUCUCCGGAAAAUUUGGCUCGAUAUAAUAGUCAAGUAGCAUUAAAGUAUGGCCUUGGAGAGAUCAGUGAUGUCUGGAAAAUCCUUGAAGUUAUACUUAUAAAAACCAUUCAACCAUUAGAAUUAUCAUUAUCUCCUAAUGCUAAUCUUAAAGGGUUGAAUGAAUUUAUACUGUCUGGAUCGAAAUAUGGACCUUUCUAUUGGGGGUCACACCCGUUUGGAGCUUCUUGGCUUAUACGAGAGAUCUUUAAGUAUUUUGAAUAUAAGGGUAACAUUCAAAUGCUUACUAUGAUGUCAUGUAUAUUGUAUGAGAAUCCGGCCAAUUUCUUAGCUCAUCAAGAGCUGUGGUUAAAUGUACCUAUUCAUACUCCUUAUAAGGCCAUGCCUCCACCUCCAUCUAUAGUGGCAGUUCGAAACUUUAAUGAGGGAAGUUUAUUAUCGGGUAGUAAUAAUUUAAAUAGUCCUGAUGAUAUCACUUUCCCCCCAUCCAUGAGUCAUCGAAAUUCUUAUUCCAAUAAUCUGGUUAUAUCUCCGGAUCCCGAUUAUGCUAAGAAGAAUAUUCCUCUGUCAUCUUAUACUGAUACUUCUAGUUAUUUCGAUCGAGUUAAACGUCCUUCGGGGCCUAAACCACGAACGCUUAGUCAUUUAGAGUCUAAAAGGACUCCUAGACCCUUAAGUAAACGGACUUCAAAAGUCUUGAAUAAUACUAAAAAUCGCAAGUAUGGUAAUGGAGCCCAGACUGGAGCUGCUCCACCAUUAGCUCCUCAAGUCAAUAUAGAUUUCUAUAAUGUACCUGAAUUAGACUUAUUUGAAGAUAUGUUUACUGUACCAUUACUUCUGUGUCAGGAUGAACAGAAAAUUAAUAGUUAUCGUCAACAAUAUGCCGAUAUGUUAUAUAUAUGGGGACUCCCCAUUAAUCGAAUUAAGAUCUUAAAGUUUAAUCAUCCUCCUACGACUUUAGCAGUGUCUAAACGAGUUAAUGAACAAAGCGUUCAUGGGUGUAAAUUUGGACUUCGAUAUAAAGUGCGUCAACAUCAUGAUCAAGAGUUUCAUCAAGCCAUUACUCCUAUUGGUUCUGCGCGAUCGAAUGCUUGGAAUACUUCCCGUCGAAAUGUUAUAAAGUAUUGUAAUUAUUGUAAUCUUAUAGUAUCUAAUAAUUUAGUGGUGUGUACUAAUUGUGAGCAUAUUGUUCAUACUGAGUGUGCGUCACAGUGGUGGGCUGAUGGACAGGAGGAUGAGUGUCCUAGUGGAUGUGGAUGUAAGUGUCUUGAAUAUGUGAGUAUAGUGUAGAUGUAAUAUAAUGUAACUAUAACUGUAAGUGUACUGAGUGUAAUACUAUGUAUGUAGAUUGACUAUAAGUGCUGUAACU